GAAUCCGCGGGCAGCCUGAGUGAGAGGCGAAGCGAUCGGGCUCUUUAGUAUGGCGGCUCUGCCAGAGGAGCCACCAGAAGCGGUAACGGUGAAGCCAGAUCCCGAUGCCGGAGCGCCGCCACCGCUGCCUCCUCCCCCUCCCCAGUCCCCUGCCACGGCGACAGCUGCGCCCCCUGCCCCUAACCCCUCGGGCACCGCUCUUCUCACGGAAGGGGAGCCAUUGGCGGGAGGAGCUGACCAGAAGCCCCCGGCGGCCCCCAGCCCUGCACCGCCGUCCGCCUCGCAACUACCCACCGACCGGCAGACGCUGCUGGCGGUGCUACAGUUCCUGCGGCGCAGCAACCUCCGCGAGUCUGAGGAGAUCCUCCGUAGGGAGGCCCGGCUACUCGCCGACGAGGUCGCGGGUGAUCCCAAUUCCUCUGCGCCCGGAGUCCAAGCAGCUCAUGGCGGGGAAGGACAGGAGUCCGGCGUCGGGGUCGCGGCCCCUGGAGCAGGGGACGUGCUGCUCAGCUCGGUUGCUUUUGGCCAGACCGGGGCGACCAUUUCACCUGCCGCGGUCACGGCCCCUCCCGCAGCGCCCUCGGCCCCCCCUGGGAAAGUUGGAGUCCUUGUGGAAGAUCAGCCAGAUGUGAGUGCUGUACUAUCUGCCUACAAUCAGCAGGGAGACCCAGCGCUUUAUGAAGAGUAUUACAGUGGACUGAAACAUUUUAUUGAAUGUGCUCUGGACUGUCAUCGCGCUGAGUUAUCACAGCUUUUUUAUCCUCUGUUUGUACACAUGUACUUGGAACUAGUCUACAACGGGCAUGAAAAUGAAGCAAAGUCCUUCUUUGAAAAGUUUCAUGGGGAUCAGGAGUGUUAUUACCACGAUGAUUUGCGGGUACUAUCAAGUUUAACCAAAAAAGAGCAUAUGAGAGGGAAUGAAACCAUGUUGGAUUUCCGAACAAGCAAGUUUGUAUUACGCAUUUCCCGUGACUCUUACCAGCUCUUAAAGAGACACCUUCAGGAAAAACAAAACAAUCAGAUCUGGAAUAUUGUUCAAGAACAUCUUUACAUAGAUAUAUUUGAUGGAAUGCCUCGUAGUAAACAACAGAUAGAUGCUAUAGUGGGAAGCUUGGCAGGAGAAGCAAAACGGGAGGCUAAUAAAGCAAAGGUCUUUUUUGGCUUAUUAAAAGAACCAGAAAUUGAGUUGCCUUUGGAUGAUGAAGAUGAAGAAGGGGAGAAUGAGGAGGGCAAACCAAAGAAGAAGAAGCCAAGAAAAGACAGCAUGGGUUCAAAGAGUAAAAAGCAAGAUCCAAAUGCUCCUCCUCAGACUAGAAUCCCCCUUCCUGAGCUAAAGGACUCUGAUAAGCUGGAUAAAAUAAUGAAUAUGAAGGAAGCUACUAAGCGUGUACGUCUUGGUCCAGACUGCUUGCCUUCCAUUUGUUUCUACACAUUCCUUAAUGCAUACCAGGGUCUUACAGCAGUGGAUGUUACGGAUGACUCUAGUAUGAUUGUUGGAGGCUUUGCUGACUCUACUGUCAGAGUAUGGUCUGUGACACCCAAAAAGCUACGCAGUGUGAAAUCUGCAACAGAUCUCAGUCUCAUAGAUAAAGAAUCAGAUGAUGUUUUAGAAAGGAUAAUGGAUGAGAAAACAGCAAGUGAAUUGAAGAUUUUAUACGGUCACAGUGGACCUGUCUAUGGUACCAGCUUCAGCCCUGAUAGGAACUAUUUGUUGUCAUCUUCAGAAGAUGGCACUAUCAGAUUAUGGAGUCUCUUAACGUUUUCUUGUCUGGUGGGCUAUAAAGGACACAACUACCCCGUAUGGGACACACAGUUCUCUCCCUAUGGAUAUUACUUUGUAUCUGGUGGACAUGACAGAGUGGCUCGCUUGUGGGCUACAGAUCACUACCAGCCUUUGCGGAUCUUUGCCGGCCAUCUUGCUGAUGUCACGUGUACACGGUUUCAUCCGAACUCCAACUACAUUGCUACAGGUUCAGCAGAUAGGACUGUGCGGCUUUGGGAUAUAUUGAAUGGGAAUUGUGUAAGAAUCUUCACAGGACAUAAGGGACCAGUUCAUUCAUUAGCAUUUUCUCCUAAUGGAAGAUUCUUGGCAACUGGGGCAACAGAUGGAAGAGUGCUUCUGUGGGAUAUUGGACAUGGUUUGAUGGUAGGAGAGUUAAAAGGACACACAGACACCAUCUAUGCACUCAAAUUUAGUAGAGAUGGAGAAAUCUUAGCAACAGGUUCAAUGGAUAACACAGUGAAGUUGUGGGAUGCUGUGAAAGCCUUUGAGGACUUAGAAACAGAUGAUUUUACUACAGCCACUGGACAUAUAAACCUGCCUGAAAGUUCUCAGGACUUGUUGCUGGGUACAUAUAUGACUAAAUCAACUGCGGUCACACACCUCCAUUUUACCCGCAGAAAUUUGCUUCUUGCUGCUGGUGCAUAUGGUCCUCAGUGAACCACAAAACUGUCAGACUUGCUUGUGCAAGUCUUGUGAAGAUCUUAGAAUAACUUGCAUUAGUGAAGACCACAAUGAUUAUACAAAUGAACUGUUCCGGUGCAACAAACAAUGUGAACUGUGUGCCAAACAACACCUUCAGUAACUUCUAUUUUAGCCGCCAGUGCAAAUGCUAAGCCACUGACAUCAUAGGCUUAGCAGAAGAACAUUAAAGAGUGGUAUGUUUUAAAAAACAACAACAUAAAUGGUAUGUGGAAAUACUUUUCUUAAACGCAUCCAAACAAUGGCAAUGGGCACUGCAGAACUUCAGCGCCAGUUGCAUAAAGUGAAGUUUAACAUAUGCUGUUUGAACAACCCUUUAAAAGCACUUAGUUUGCCGUGAGCACAGGUUUAAGUGCUACCCAAAAUUUUCUUUACCAGUAAGUCAUGUAAGUUGUAGAAUAAUGGAAUUUAUCUGUUAAUGUGCUCUAAAGUGUAACAGAGAGGCUUGAGGGCAGGGGGUGAACUAGCUGUGACCCUCCAGAUAUUUUGGCCUAGAACUCUAAUCUGCCCUAGCCAGCCUAGACAAUGGUGAGGGAUGAUGUGAGUUGUAGAUCAAGACAUAAGUUGCUCACCCUUGCCUGAGUUUGACUUAUGCAAGAAGCCUAAUUUCUUCAAAGCGGAAGAGCACAAAUUGAACAAAAUGUAUAUAAACAGAUUGAAAAUUGCUAAAAUUUAAUUGAAUGACAUUUUAGGAUACUUGAAACUUUCUAAAAUCAGAAGGUGUUGACAAAUCUGGAUACUUUGAUAUAAAAGUAUAGACUACCACCGUCCCAGGGAUCUUGAUUCCCCCCCGCCCACCGAAGUGAAAAAACCCUUUUAGCCCUUUUCAUAACGGCAAACUUAGUAACUCUCAUUCAUGCUUUCAGUGAAACAUUGUCAUAGCUAUAUACUGAUCGUUGAAAUCUAGCAGUUUGGAACUAUUUGUUUAAAAACAUACUGCUAUGGUUUUGCAUUUUUGUAGUUUUAUACUUUUGAUAUUUUAUAAUAAAAAAUUUCUGUACA